AUGGUGGGUUCCUUUGAUUCGAGCGAGAUCAUACGGCAGGAAGACCUUCGGAGACGUGGUGGCACCCCGGCCUGGGCAAAAGGAAGCACCUCCCUACGGAGGUCGGUUCUGGCUAGAGAUCGCACGGCUCAUCCACGGCCGACGCCGAAGGACGACUCUGAUGCUGAGGCAGAGGAAGGGGAGGAGGAAGAAGAAUCUGAUCCAGACCCCUUCGCCACGGACUUUUCCAGGCCAUCAGACGGACGAACUAGAUGUGAAGUGGAACGAGAGCAGCAAGAGGAUGCUGAGGAGGAGGAGGAAGAGGGCGACUUCCACACCACAGGGGAGCUUGGAGAAGUCUCUUCAGGCGGGCUUAGCCCGGCAUCCUGGCCCACGCCUGAUUCGGAUGAUGGCGAUUUCGGAUUCGGGUUGCAAACCAAGGACUAG